CGGUGGGCUCGUCAGAGGGAAGAGCCCCGGCGGCAUGGAUGCCCGCUGGCUUUAGGGCAUCCUCGGCGCCUCCUUUCCCGUGCUGUGUCAUGUGUAAACCUAUGUUGCUCAAAAUGGAAGAAUCACGCGUCUGCGAGUUGGGAACGGGCAGCCGAGAUCAGCUGAGGAACCGCAAGUGCUCGGAGCGGAACCCGGCGCUGCAACUCCCAGAGACACGUUGCGGGGGCCCAGAAGAUGCGGGGCCCUUGGAGGAGGUGGAGGAUUACCUGGCCAGGAACGGAAAGCUGCUGGGACCUCUGUUCUCGGCUCCAGAACUGCGAGAGGAGACGCCAGGGAGCGAGGAGACCCGCCUGGACUCGCCGGAUGGCCAGCAGGACCCGGAGAGCGAGAAGAGUAAAGAGAAAACCUUAGGAAAAGAAGUACUGUUAUUGAUGCAAGCUUUAAACACUCUUGCUACUCCAGAAGAAAAGUUAGCAGCACUCUGCAAGAAAUACGCUGAUCUGUUAGAGGAGAGCCGGAAUGUUCAAAGACAGAUGAAGAUGCUGCAGAAGAAGCAGGCGCAGGUUGUCAAGGAGAAGGUCCACUUGCAGAGUGAACAUAGCAAGGCCAUUCUUGCACGCAGCAAACUGGAGUCUCUUUGCCGUGAGCUUCAACGUCACAAUAAAAGUUUAAAGGAAGAGAACAUGCAGCAAGCCCGCGAAGAGGAGGAGAGGCGUAAAGAAGCAACUGCACACUUCCAGAUCACACUAAAUGAAAUUCAGGCUCAGUUGGAACAGCACGGCAUACACAAUGCAAAGCUCCGUCAGGAAAACAUUGAAUUGGGGGAGAAACUGAAGAAACUCGUAGAACAAUAUGCACUGAGAGAAGAACAUAUGGACAAAGUCUUUAAGCAUAAAGAAUUGCAACAGCAAUUGGUUGAUGCGAAGCUUCAGCAAACAACGCAGCUUAUAAAAGAAGCUGAAGAAAAGCACCAGAGAGAGAGGGAGUUUCUGCUGAAAGAGGCUAAUGAGUCCAGACACAAAUGCGAACAGAUGAAAGAACAAGAAGCUCAAUUAAAACAACAGCUUUCUCUUUAUAUGGAUAAAUUUGAGGAAUUCCAGACCACAAUGGCAAAGAGUAAUGAACUUUUUACAACGUUCAGACAAGAAAUGGAAAAGGUACUUGACUUACACUUUUUUUGAAACUAUACUCAUUUACAAUGGGGAGAUAAAAAGCAAGCCCCAUUGGGCUUAACUGAGAUGUCCUUCUGUGCAGAUGUGUGUAAAUUACUGUUCUUGCUAAAUAUACUGCACAGUGC